AUGGCUGCCCCCGCUGCUAAGUCUGCCCCAUCUGGCGCCAAGGUUCCCCAGAAGAAGGUCAAGGUGAUUGAUAGGACCGCCUCACCUGCCCCUUCUGCCUCUGCUGCCGAGAAGGACGGCGGCGAUGACCAGGAGAACGCCUAUAUCCGUGAGCUUCAAAAGAACAUUCGUAACGUUACUAAGAAGAUCACCAAUGCCUCGAAGACCGAUUCCUUGCUCAAGGAGCACGCUGGCAAGUCUCUUGAGGAGCUCGUCUCUACGAGGAUCAUCAAUGCCGACCAGAGGGCCCAGAUUCUGAAGAAGCCCGCUCUCGAGGCCCAGCUUGCCCAGUACGAGGAGCAGCUUGUCCAAUACAAGAAGAUCGACGCCGAGUACCGCUCAAACACCGAGGCUCAAGUCCAGCGUGUACAGACGACUUUGACGGAGAAAUUUGAGAAGGAAAAGGCGGACGCCGUUAGGGAGAUUCAAGAGAAGGCCGAGGCUGACAUCAAGACUUCCCUCCACGACAGCCUCCUUAUCGUGUCCCAGUUCCUGCGUCUUGCCGCCGCUCGCCGGAUCGACGAGGAGUCAGAUCCCGGACUCGACGAAAACCUUGCGCUUGAGGGGAUUCUCUCCGCCGUAUACUGUGGCGAUGAGAAUGCCGUCACCACCAUGCUGAAGCUGGUUGAGGGAACAAAUGAUCGCACCCAAAGCACCGCUGGCGAGGAGCUUGAGUCUACAUUCUCUCAUGUCAAGUCUGUUUCUCAGGCUUACCUUGCCCAAUACGAAGCCGCCCAGGAGGAGGCCGAAGCAAAGCCCGAGGGCGCGGCUGAGAGCGAAUCCGCCAAUGUUGAUGCUGCCGCUGCCGCUGCCGCUGAAGCAACCCCUGCCGCCACCGAAGAGAAGGCCAACGGCGACUUGGCUGACGCCGAGAGCAAUGGUGCUGCCUCCGCUCCGGAAGAGCCUGCCGUUCCCGAGGUCGCUGCCGAUCUCUCGGCCUCUCAGGAGUGGGUUUCUGUCCCCCGGCCUACCGAGACCGAAUCUAGCGCGGAGGGGAGCCCUGUUGUUGCUACCAAUGGUCAAUCCUGGGCCGACGAUCACCCUGAGCCCUCUCCCGUGGCCCCUGCUGCUGCUACCCCUGCCGCACCCGCGGAUCCUAACGAUGGCUUCCAUCAAGUCCAGGGCCGACACCACCGUGGCCGCAACGAGCGCGAAGGUGGAAACUGGCGUGGUCGUGGCCGCGGAGACUGGCGGGGCCGUGGUGGCCACCGCGGAGAUGGACGGGGUCGCCGAGGCGGCCCCGAGGUGGAAGUGGCGGCGUGGCCCAUCGUGGCCCCCGUCGCACCGAGGAGUCCUAACCGAAUUGUCGGGACCCCUUGA